CUCUCUCGUCUCGUGCUUUCAGGAACCGGCUUCGGAUGUCCGGUAAGAGGCGCCUGCAAGUCUCACUCUACAGCUAUAAGUAGACACAUUUGUGUCGUUCCAUAUUGCACGCUACGGUUACUAUUUAAGUUAUCCUUCGACCUGUUACCAAUAACGGCCUCCUAGGACACUUCUCAAAGUACUGCUUAACAUACCUCGGAUCUUUUUUUAUAACCCCACGACAGAUAAUAAUGUCUCAGACACUACUCAUUAAAGAUAUUCGUAUCUUCGAUGGUGAAAAUGAGAUCCCAUCCGGUAGCGUGCUGGUGGAGAAUGGCUUGGUCAAACAAGUAUCAAGGGGAUCAUUGAAUGCGCCUGACGCAUCAACCGUCGUUAUCUCGAAGCCCGGACAUACGCUAAUUCCUGGAAUUAUCGAUGGGCACAUCCACGCCCAUAUCGACGAACAGAACACAGUCCUAGGCCAGGCGUUGAAAUUCGGCGUCACUACCGUCUGUGAUAUGCAUCAGGAAGUCGAGAAUCUUGCCGAAUUGAGAUCUCGCGCUCUCAACGAUCCUAACUCCGCUGAUUUCAAAACCGCGAGCCAAAGCGCUACCGUGUCUGGAGGAUGGCCUACAGCUAUUAUUACAGCUCACGACAAAUCUGAAGAGACGCUAGCUAGGGUUGCGACAUGGCCGGAUCUGAAGAAUAGGGCUGAUGUCGAAGCUUUUAUUCGAGAUCGUGUCGAAGAUAAGGCUGAUUACAUCAAGCUGAUGCAUGAGGAUGGUAACGGCUUGUCUGUGAAGCCGAACCUGCCGUCGUUGGAACUGCAGAAAGACAUCAUCGAUGUUGCUCACCAGAACGGCUUACUUACUGUCGCCCAUGCUACGAGUCUUCAGGGGACUUUGCAAAUCUUGCGUCUCGGUAUCGAUGGACUAACGCACACUUUCUGCGACCAGCCACCUACUCAGGAGGUUAUAGAUGCGUAUCUAGCUAACAACGCGCAUUGUAACCCGACUUUAGUAGCGAUCGCAAGUCUAACAACUGAAGGUCAGCGAGAGCAAGAAAGAUAUUCCAAUGAUCCUCGAGCCUCAAAAUUCUUGAACUCGCAGGGCAAGCAAAAUCUUUGCAAAUGCAUGGCGCUUGCGAAUGACGAGUCUAAGGUAGAAUAUGCCUACCAAACCGUCCGAAAACUGAAAGCGGCAGGAAUUGAUAUCAUUAUGGGCUCCGACUCUGCUGGACCGGCACUGGGAACUGCCUUUGGGCUUUCUGCCCACCAGGAACUAGCUACCCUUGUUGCUAAGUGUGAUUUUACCCCCAAAGAGGCAUUGAUAGCAGGUACUUCGUUGGUUGCCAAGAGGUUGCGUUUGAAGGAUAGGGGGAGGAUCGCGGAAGGGUUGAGGGCGGAUUUGGUUUUGAUAGAGGGGAAUCCUCUAGAGGACAUCGAUCGUACGCUCGACAUUCGGGGUGUUUGGAAGCAAGGUACACUUUGCUCUACGUACAGUGGACUUGCAGCAUAGGCGCCUACCUACCUAGAUCGGUAGCGAAACGACCAGUUCUAGUUGAAUCGAGGAUGGGCAAACAUUGUUGGCUCUCUUAAAAAUGGGAGUCACCGUUAGAAUUGUCUACCUAAUUACCCACCUACCCAUCUACUCACCUAGGUACCUAUUGGCAGGUAGGUAGGUAAUUAGGGAAAUU